CGGAAGGGACCAACAAGACGGGCAAGUCACGAGUGUUGUAUAAAUACCUCGAUUUUCGACGAGCUCCGAAAUCUCCUCCUUGUUGUCAGCCAUCUUAGCACCAGUCACUGUUCACACUGUUCGCGGUCGAUCGUAGCGCCACCUGUGGAAUAAUACGGGAAAUGAGGAUACGUCAUGCCAGGUACUUGGGCAACUUGAAUUGUAUACACGACCCUGGUAAAUGUCGUCAGCUUUCUGACAUCGGCUGCUAGGCUAGUUACUACAUAUAUCCGCUACAGCGAUCUCCAGCGGCAGUCGGCGCAUAGUUGUCAGUGUUUUAAUUCAAAAAUUUAAAAGAAUAAUCAAUAAUGAGUGAUCGCGAAGUAGUUAUUGUAUCGGCUGUCAGGACUCCAAUAGGUUCAUUCUGCCAAUCCUUAUCAUCAUUAAAGGCCUCCGAUUUAGGAAGCAUAGUAAUUAAAGAAUGCCUCGAAAGGGCAAAAUUAAAACCUUCAGAUGUAUCAGAAGUGAUAUUAGGCCAGGCAUUGACAGCAGCUCAGGGACAAAAUCCAGCCAGACAGGCAGCAAUAAAGGCAGGGCUUCCUAUUUCUGUUCCUGCUUAUCUCGUGAACAUGCUGUGUGGAUCUGGUCUCAAAUCAGUCACAAAUGCGUACCAGUCCAUCAAGUGUGGAGAGAGUGACGUGAUCGUCGCUGGUGGUCAAGAAAGUAUGAGCCAAGCCCCUCACGCUAUAAAGAUACGGAAUGGAGUGAAAAUGGGCAAUGGAACCAUGAUCGAUACGAUGAUCUGUGAUGGACUAACCGAUGCCUUCAGUCAGAUUCACAUGGGAAUCACAGCUGAGAACAUAGCGAAAUCUUUCACUAUUAGUAGAAAAGAUCAGGACGAGUACGCAGUCAAUUCACAAUUAAAAACGGAAGCUGCAAUUGCAGCUGGAUAUUUUGACAAGGAAAUCGUGCCGGUCACGAUACCUUCGAGAAAAGUAUCAAUUAUUAUAUCAAAAGAUGAAUAUCCAAAAACAGGUUCUACUAUUGGGGAUCUUGAAAAACUGAAACCAGUUUUUGAUCCAAAAGAAGGCACCGUGACAGCGGGAAAUGCUUCUGGGAUAAACGACGGAGCCGCAGCUUUAGUUUUAAUGUCUAGAGAGGCUGCAGCUGAGAAAGGAGUAACUCCUUUGGCUCGAAUUGUCGCCGUUGCUCAAGCUGGUGUUGAACCAAAUAUUAUGGGCACAGGACCUAUUCCUGCUGUCGAAUUAGUUCUAAAAAAAGCUAAUUGGACAAAGGAUGAAGUUGAUUUAUAUGAAUUAAAUGAGGCUUUCGCAGUUCAGUCACUCGUUUGUCUUCGAAAUUUGGGAUUAGAUCCUAAAAAAGUAAACGUAAAUGGUGGAGCAAUUGCUCUUGGCCACCCAAUUGGUGCUUCUGGUGCUAGGAUUUUAGUGACAUUACUUCAUUUGCUGGAGCGGACAAAAACGAAAAAAGGUGUAGCUUCCUUGUGCAUAGGUGGCGGAAUGGGAAUUGCUAUCGCCGUAGAAAGAAUUUAACUUUCGAUUAUAUGGACCAAGAUGUUACUAUUUAAAAUAGUUUAUCUUAAAAAAGUACUGAAGGAUAUUUUCUACAUUCGAAAACUAUAAGUUUGUAUUGUAAACCAAAUUUUUUAACAUCCUUCUUAAAGAUUUAUGCAGAAGAUUUAAGAAAAUAUAAUUUUUUAAAAUCUCAUUAUAUGAGAAAAAAUGACCAAUAAUCUAGAAUAGAUUAAAUUAAUUUUUAAUUAGUAGGCGAUAAAAAAGUGUCCAUAAGUUUGCAAAACAGUGAAGAGCUUGGCAGAGACAAAGUUUUUGUUUUUAAUCUUUAACCUAUUGCAAAACGCACAGCCUUAAGAGAAACGAUAAAGGAUUUGUGUAUGCAGGCAUAAUUGUAUAGUUGCAGAUUAAUCAAAAGCGUGUUAAACAUUUUAAGAAUAAGACUUAAUUUAUUUUUAUACUGAAAAACUAACAUUUUCAUGAGAAAAUAUACAUA